CUGAACUCAUCAGAGGAUGAUCUGCUGCCGACUUUGUUUCAAGAAAAUUCAUUCACUGCUGCAUAUCAAUCAAUUGUAGAUACGACUGAACCCUCUUACAAGGAGCUUAAUCCGGCGUACUUUAGCAUUUUAACCUUCCCAUUCCUUUUCGGAUUGAUGUACGCUGACUUAGGGCACGGUAUAAUUCUGACCUUCGUAGGACUAUGCUUAGUUUGAUUCUACAGAUGGAGUCCAAACAGCAACAGCGAGCUGCUUGAUAUGCUCUUUGGCGGACGGUUUAUGAUUUGUUUGAUGGGGCUCUGUAGUAUAUACACUGGUCUGAUUUAUAACGAUUUCUUCGGUAUGGCGUUCGAACCUCGUUCCACUGCGGGCAGCGGAAAUUCUGUUAACAACAGUGUUGCGUUGUUUGGCAUCGGCACAGAAUGGGAACUCAGCAAAUAUGAGUUGGAAUUCAUGAAUUCUUUCAAGAUGAAAGUUUCAAUUGCGAUCGGCUUCAUCCACAUGACGUUAGGCAUACUUCACGAAGGCGCGAACGCGUUGUAUUUCCGUCGUAAGCUAGACUUCUACUUUGAAUUCUUACCACAACUGAUAAUGAUGGCCGUUAUAGUUGGGUACCUGUCCUUUUUGAUCAUUUUCAAAUGGAUUUCUGCAAACGCUCUGAAAAAAGAGCUAAGUUUGAUCAGCGUUUUGAUAUCAAUGUUCAUGUCGCCCAACUCUAGCGAUGGUCCACUAUUAUACAAGCACGAGCGCACUGUCGAGAAAAUCCUUUUGUACUUAAUAUUGUUGUGCAUACCUCUCAUGCUGAUCUCUAAACCUCUACUAAUAAUUAUGAGAAACAAACGAUUUCAAAAUACUCAAGAUUCACUUGCGAUUGAAACCAAUUCAGAGCUGCAUCAGAGCAGAGUGCUUGAUCGCAUUCCUGAAGAUCAAAUUGUUCCAACUAGCAACCAUAAAGAAAAUAACUCUGAGAUGAUCGUUCAUCAAGUAAUACAAACAAUAGAAUUUACUUUGGGGUGUUUGAGCAAUACUGCGUCAUAUCUAAGAUUGUGGGCACUUACUCUGGCGCACCAACAACUGUCAAAUGUAUUUCUGGAACAGAUAGUGCUCAAUAUCUGUCGAGCAGUAGUAAAGCCUCAUAAUGGAGUGCUGCAAUUCAUCUCUGCAAUUCUAAUUCUCACAGUUGGCAUAGCGUUUUUCAGUGUAGUGACUCUUGGAGUGAUGCUUUCUAUGGACGGGCUUGAGUGCUUCCUCCAUACCUUGCGAUUGCAUUGCUUGAAAUUUCAAAAUAAAUUCUUCGACGGUAACGGUCUGGAAUUCAAGCCAUUUUGCUUGCGUAGCCAACUAAGGAAUUCUACGAACGUCUAG